CCCGCAGAGGAGCCGCUGGAGCCGCAGUCUGGGCCGCCAGACCCAGACCAAGAACCAGACCCGGAUCAAAAACCAGACCCGGACCAAGAACCAGACCCGGAUCAAGAAGCCAGAACCGGAUCAAAAACCAGACCCGGACCGUCCGGAGGAACUAGAACUUUCUUCUGCUCCAUGAGUCUCCGGACCAGCGGAUCUUCUGACUCUGGAUCUGCGCAUGUUCCGCUCUGAGUGACUCGAGGUGCGCCCCUUUUCUCUCUUCUGCGUGUUUUCGGACCGAACAGCGGAACCAUGAUGAGCAGCAGCGGCUACCUGGAGCCGCCGCAGUUCUACCAGGCUCCGGAUCCCGGCGAGGAGGAGGAGGAGGAGAUGCCGGCCACCGAGAAGGACCUGGCCGAGGACGCGCCGUGGAAGAAGAUCCAGCAGAACACGUUCACCAGGUGGUGCAACGAGCACCUGAAGGUGGUCAACAGGCGGAUCGUGGACCUGCAGAAGGACCUGAGCGACGGGCUGAAGCUGAUCGGGCUGCUGGAGGUCCUGAGCCAGAAGAAGAUGUACCGGAAGUACCACCAGAGGCCCAACUUCAGGCAGAUGAAGCUGGAGAACGUGUCGGUGGCUCUGGAGUUCCUGGAGAGAGAACACAUCAAGCUGGUGUCCAUCGACUCUAAAGCCAUCGUGGACGGGAACCUGAAGUUAAUCCUGGGUCUGAUCUGGACCCUGAUCCUCCAUUAUUCCAUCUCUAUGCCCAUGUGGGAGGACGAGGACAACGAAGACGCCAAGAAACUGACCCCCAAACAGCGACUGCUGGGCUGGAUCCAGAACAAGGUUCCCCAGCUGCCCAUCACCAACUUCCACCGGGACUGGAGGGACGGCAAGGCACUGGGAGCUCUGGUGGACAACUGUGCCCCCGGUCUUUGUCCUGACUGGGAAACAUGGGAUCCCAGUCAGCCGGUGGAAAACGCCAGAGAGGCCAUGCAGCAGGCUGAUGAUUGGCUGGGAGUCCCUCAGGUGAUCGCUCCGGAGGAGAUCGUUGAUCCCAACGUAGACGAACACUCGGUCAUGACUUACCUGUCUCAGUUCCCCAAAGCCAAGCUGAAGCCUGGAGCCCCUCUGAGGGCCAAAACGCUGCAUCCCAAGAGGGCCAAAGCCUACGGACCAGGUAUCGAGCCUCGAGGUAACGUCGUUCUGAAACCAGCAGAGUUCCUGGUGGAGACGGUGGAGGCCGGGCUUGGGGAGGUUCUGGUUUAUGUGGAGGAUCCAGAAGGACACACAGAGGAGGCUCGGGUAAUACCCAACAAUGACAAGAACCGGACCUACUCCGUGGUCUACCUGCCCAAAGUGGAGGGGCUUCAUAAGGUAAAGGUGCUGUUUGCAGGACAGGACAUCGACAGAAGUCCCUUCAUGGUGAAUGUUUCGAAGGCCAUCAUGGGCGACCCGAGCAGAGUUCAGGCCCGCGGGCCGGGACUGCAGCCGAAUGGGAACGUGGCCAAUAAACCGACUUACUUUGAUAUUUAUAUUGCAGGGGCGGGUACGGGCGAUGUGGGCGUCAUCAUUGUGGACUCGAAUGGUCGGCGGGAUACAGUGGAGAUUGUCUUGGAGAACAAAGGCGACAGUAUAUUUCGGUGCACCUAUGCUCCUGUCCUGGAAGGGCCUCACACUGUCUAUGUGACGUUUGCUGGGCAGCAGAUUCCCAGAAGCCCUUUCACCGUCAACAUCUCAGAGGUUCCACAGAGUGGCCCUCCUCCUGGGUCUCCAGUGCAGGUUGUACCUCAGUCCAUUCGCACCCCACCCUCAGACAAGACCAGGAGAGCACCCCCUCCUACACCACCCAAACCCAGGCGACCAACCUGUAAUCCCAAUGCCUGCCGAGCGUCGGGUCGAGGUUUGCAGCCGAAAGGCGUCCGAGUGAAGGAAGUGGCAGAUUUUAAAGUUUACACCAAAGGAGCCGGCAGUGGAGAACUCAAAGUCACCGUGAAGGGACCAAAGGGCCUAGAAGAGCCGGUGAAGGUGCUGGACUUGGAAAAUGGUGUCUAUGAGUGUAAUUACUACCCCGUAAUGACCGGAAAGUACGUCGUCACCAUCAACUGGGGAGGACACAGCAUCCCACGCAGCCCGUUUGAGAUACUUGUGAGUGAGGAGGCGGGGCCUCAGAAGGUCAGGGCCUGGGGUCCGGGUCUGGAGACCGGAAUGGUCGGGAAGAGCGCUGACUUUGUGGUGGAGGCCAUCGGCACCGAAGUGGGAACUCUGGGUUUCUCUAUCGAGGGUCCCUCUCAAGCAAAGAUCGAGUGCGAUGAUAAGGGUGACGGAUCUUGUGAUGUCCGUUAUUGGCCAACCGAACCGGGCGACUACGCCGUCCACGUCAUCUGCGACGAUGAGGACAUCAAGGACAGUCCUUUCAUGGCUCACAUCCUCCCUGCUGUCAAUGAUGUCUUCCCUGAGAAGGUGAAGUGUUUCGGUCCUGGUCUGGAGCCUCUCGGCUGCAUCGUCAACAAACCCGCCGAGUUCACCAUCGACACCCACGGAGCCGGAAGAGGAGAACUGAAGCUCUACGCUCAGGACGCAGAAGGUUUCCCCAUCGACAUCCAGAUCACCAAUAAUGGAGACAGCACCUUCUUCUGCGUUUACAUUCCCACCAAACCCAUCAAACACACCAUCAUCAUCACCUGGGGCGAAGUCAACGUCCCCAACAGCCCCUUCAGGGUGACCAUCGGAGAAGGAAGUCAUCCAGAGAACGUGAAGGUUUACGGUCCAGGUGUGGAGAAAACUGGACUGAAGGCCAAUGAACCAACGUAUUUUACUGUCGACUGCAGUGAAGCUGGACAAGGUGACGUUAGCAUGGGCAUCAAAUGUGCUCCAGGUGUGGUCGGACCUGCCGAGGCCGACAUCGACUUCGACAUCAUCAAGAACGACAACGACACGUUCACGGUGAAGUACACGCCCCCUGGGCCGGGCCAUUACACCAUCAUGGUUCUGUUCGGAGACCAGGAAAUCCCCAUCAGCCCCUUCAGAAUAAAGGUGGAGCCUUCACACGACGCCAACAAAGUCCGAGCAGACGGACCCGGACUGAACCGCACAGGUGUGGAGGUGGGGAAGCCGACCCACUUCACCAUCUAUACUAAGGGAGCAGGAAAAGCCAAACCUGAGGUCCACUUCACCGGAGCAGCUAAAGGUGACGCUGUCCGAGACUUCGAGAUCAUCGACAACCACGACUACUCGUACACGGUCCGCUACACGGCACUGCAGCAGGGCAACAUGUCCAUCACAGUGUGUCACAGAGGAGAUCCCAUACCCAAGAGUCCCUUCAGCAUCAGUGUGGCUCCUCCUCUGGACCUGAGCCGGAUCAAGGUCCAGAACCUCAACAACAAGGUGGAUGUCGGUAAGGAUCAGGAGUUUUCCAUUUCCACUCGCGGCGCCGGCGGUCAGAACAAACUCGACGUGAAGAUCACCUCGCUGUCACGUAGACCAAUCCCCUGCAAGCUAGAGUCGGCUUCAGCCAAUGAGCUUCACUCGGUGAAGUACAUCCCCCCUGAGGAGGGAACCUACCGGGUGGACAUCAGCUAUGACGGGAACCCGGUUCCUGGGAGUCCGUUCAGCGUGGAGGGGGUGAUGCCGCCGGACCCGUCCAAGGUCCGGGCCUAUGGUCCGGGGCUCCAGGGAGGUGUUGUGGGUAAACCGGCACCCUUCGCCAUCGACACCAAAGGAGCCGGUACCGGAGGUUUGGGCCUGACGGUGGAAGGACCCUGUGAGGCGAAGAUCGAGUGCCAGGACAACGGGGACGGGUCGUGUUCCGUGUCCUACCUGCCCACCGAGCCCGGCGAGUACGCCAUAAACAUCCUGUUUGCCGACCAACAUAUCCCCGGGUCGCCCUUCAAGGCCGCCGUCCAGUCGGUGUUUGACCCCAGCAAGGUGACGGCCAGCGGGCCGGGCCUGGAGCGGGGGAAGGUCAACGAGGCCGGCGCCUUCACCGUGGACUGCUCCAAGGCCGGGGAGGCCGAGCUGACCAUCGAGAUCAUCUCCGACUCUGGAACCAAAGCCGAGGUCCACGUCCAGAACAAUGGCGACGGGACCUACUCCAUCACCUACAUCCCCCAGACCCACAGCAUGUACUCCAUCACGAUCAAGUACGGAGGACACGUGGUGCCAAAGUUCCCGACCCGACUGCAGGUCGACCCGGCCGUGGACACCAGUGGGGUGAAAGUCUACGGACCUGGAGUGGAACUGACAGGCGUCCUGAGGGAAGUAAAAACCCAUUUCAUCGUGGAUGCCAGAGCUCACUAUAAGGUCGGAGGGAACCACGUCAGCGCCGCCAUCUCCAACCCGUCGGGCGCCAACACGGACGCCUACAUCAUCGACAAGGAGGACGGGACGUACCUGGUGCAGUACACACCGUAUGAGGACGGUUUGCAUCUGAUCGAGGUUCUGUUCGAUGAGGUUUCGGUGCCCAACAGUCCGUUCAAGGUUUCGGUGAUCGAGGGUUGUGAUCCAACUCGAGUCCAAGCCUACGGUCCGGGUCUGGAUGAAGGACUGGUGAACAAAUCAAACCGUUUCACCGUUGAGACCAGGGGUGCUGGCACUGGAGGUCUUGGUCUGGCCAUCGAGGGACCAUCAGAGGCAAAGAUGUCAUGUAAGGACAACAAAGAUGGCAGCUGCAGCGUGGAGUACAUCCCCUUCACACCUGGAGAAUACGACGUCAACAUCACCUUCGGAGGCCGACCAAUCCCAAUGAGUCCGUUUCGUGUUCCAGUUAGAGAGCUGGUUGAUCCCAGUAAGGUGAGGUGUUCAGGUCCUGGUCUUGGAAGUGGAGUUCGAGCUCAUGUUCCUCAGACGUUCACCGUGGACAGCAGCAAGGCUGGAGUAGCUUCUCUGGAGGUCCAACUCUACGGACCAACAGGUGUGGCUGAACCUAUCAGCAUCACCAACAACGGCGACGGUACCCACACCGUCAACUACACUCUGACCAACGAAGGUCCGUAUACGGUGUGCGUCAAGUACGCCGACCAGGAGGUUCCCCGCAGUCCGUUCAAGAUCAAGACGUUACCGGCUCAUGAUGCCAGUAAAGUCCGGGCCAGCGGUCCGGGUCUCAAUGCUUCUGGGGUUCCAGCCAGUCUGCCCGUUGAGUUCACCAUUGACGCCAGAGAUGCUGGAGAAGGUCUGCUGACCGUCCAGAUACUGGAUCCGGAGGGGAAACCGAAGAAGGCGAACAUCCGAGACAACUGCGACGGGACUUACACGGUGUCCUACGUACCCGACAUGGCCGGACGCUACACCAUCACCAUCAAAUAUGGCGGAGACGAGAUCCCGUACUCUCCUUACCGCAUCCACGCCCUGCCCACUGGAGACGCCAGCAAGUGUCUGGUCACAGUGUCGAUCGGAGGACAUGGACCUGGUUCAGGUAUCGGCCCAACCAUCCAGAUCGGAGAGGAGACUGUCAUCACCGUGGAUGCAAAGGCUGCUGGGAAAGGUAAAGUCACCUGUAAGGUGUCGACGCCGGACGGGGCAGAGCUGGAUGUGGACGUGGUGGAGAACGCUGACGGAACCUUCGAUAUUUACUACACGGCUCCAGAACCCGGGAAGUACGUCAUCACCAUCCGGUUCGGAGGGGAAAACAUCCCCAACAGCCCCUUCCACGUGGUGGCGAGUGAAAGCAUCCCAAUAAUAGAGGAACCGUGUGACCAGCUUCAGUUACAGCAGAACUUCUUCUCCCCUCCAUGGGCCACCGACGAUCCGAUCAGUCCGGUGGACGGUUUGGAGCCGAUGCUGCGACCCUUCAGUCUGGUUAUUCCGUUCACGGUGCAGAAAGGAGAGAUCACAGGUGAAGUGCGAAUGCCGUCCGGUCGAACAGGUCAUCCUCACAUCAUCGACAACAAAGACGGAACCGUCACGGUGAAAUAUUCUCCAACUGAACGAGGUCUGCAUGAGAUGGACAUCAAAUAUGACGGAAACCACAUCCCAGGAAGUCCACUGCAGUUCUACGUUGAUGCCAUCAACAGCGGUCAUGUGACGGCGUACGGACCUGGUCUGAGCCACGGAACCAUGAACCGACCGGCGACGUUCACCAUCGUCACUAAAGACGCUGGAGAAGGCGGUUUGUCUCUGGCUGUCGAAGGUCCGUCCAAAGCAGAGAUCAACUGUAAAGACAACAAAGAUGGAACCUGUAUGGUGUCCUACCUGCCCACUGCGCCUGGAGACUACAACAUCAUCGUCAAGUUCGAUGACAAACACAUCCCCGGCAGCCCGUUCACUGCCAAAAUCACCGGUGACGACUCCAUGAGGACGUCGCAGCUCAACGUCGGCACGGCAACAGACGUGUCCUUAAAGAUCAUGGAAACGGACCUGAGCAGUCUGACGGCGACCAUCAGAGCGCCGUCUGGAAACGAGGAACCCUGUCUGCUGAAGAGGCUUCCCAACAGACACAUCGGAAUCUCCUUCACGCCAAAGGAAGUGGGCGAACACGUGGUCAGUGUGAUGAAGAACGGCAAACACGUGACCAACAGUCCGUUUAAGAUCAUGGUGGGCCAGUCGGAGAUCGGAGACGCCAGCAAGGUGAAGGUUUACGGCCAGGGCCUGGUGGAAGGACACACCUUCGAGGUGGCCGAGUUCAUCGUGGACACCAGGAACGCCGGUUACGGAGGUCUGGGUCUGUCCAUCGAGGGUCCCAGUAAAGUGGACAUUAACUGUGAGGACGUGGAGGAGGGGACGUGUAAAGUCACCUACUGUCCAACCGAACCUGGAAACUACAUCAUCAACAUCAAGUUCGCCGAUCAACACGUUCCAGGAAGCCCGUUCACGGUGAAGGUGUUUGGUGAAGGCCGGAUGAAAGAGAGCAUCACCAGGAAGCGUCAGGCUCCGUCCAUCGCCACCAUCGGUAGCACCUGCGACCUCAGCCUCAAAAUCCCAGGGAACUGGUUUCAGAUGGUUUCGGCUCAGGAGCGUCUGACCCGGACCUUCACCCGAAGCAGCCACACCUACACCCGAACCGAGCGGACCGAGAUCAGCAAGACCCGGGCCGGAGAGACCAAGAGGGAGGUCCGGGUGGAGGAGAGCACUCAGGUCGGAGGAGAUCCGUUCAGGGAUGUCUUCGGAGACUUCCUGGGUCGGGAGAGUCUGAGCGGGUUCAGCGGGAUGCCGGCCGGCAGCCGACCGCCGCUGCAGGACGGUGAGGCAGGUAACCAGGAGAUGAUGGCUCAGGUGACGAGUCCUGGAGGGAAGACGGAGGACGCAGAGAUCAUCAAAGGGGAGGACAGCACCUACAGCGUCAGGUUCAUCCCUCAGGAGAUGGGACCUCACACCGUCAACGUUAAGUAUCGGGGCCAACAUGUCCCUGGUUCCCCCUUCCAGUUCACUGUGGGGCCGCUGGGCGAAGGAGGAGCCCACAAGGUACGAGCCGGAGGAACCGGACUGGACCGGGGAGUGGCGGGAAUCCCAGCUGAGUUCAGUAUCUGGACCAGAGAAGCCGGAGCUGGAGGUUUGUCCAUCGCCGUGGAGGGACCCAGCAAGGCCGAGAUCACCUUCGAGGACCGGAAGGACGGAUCCUGUGGAGCCUCCUACGUGGUUCAGGAACCCGGUGAUUAUGAAGUUUCCAUUAAAUUCAACGAUGAACACAUCCCAGACUCGCCCUUCAUCGUUCCUGUUGCCACUCUGUCGGACGACGCUCGCCGCCUCACCAUCACCAGCCUGCAGGAAAUGGGUCUGAAAGUGGGUCAGGAAGCUUCUUUUGCUGUUCAGCUAAACGGCGCCAGAGGGCUGAUCGACGCUAAGAUCCACACACCGUCUGGAGCCAUAGAGGAGUGUUAUAUCACCGAGCUGGACAGCGAUCAGCAUGCUAUCAGGUUCAUCCCACGGGAAAACGGGAUUCACUCGAUAGACGUUCGUUUCAACGGCAGCCACGUUCCUGGCAGCCCCUUCAAGAUCCGAGUGGGAGAACCGGGUCAGGUCGGAGAUCCAGGGAUGGUGUCUGCCUUUGGACCGGGCCUGGAGGGAGGAACCACAGGUGUGCCAUCCGAGUUCAUCGUGAACACUUGUAACGCCGGUUCUGGAGCUCUGUCGGUGACCAUUGACGGCCCGUCCAAAGUGAAGAUGGACUGUCAGGAGUGUCCUGAAGGCUACAAGGUGUCCUACACACCAAUGGCUCCUGGAAACUACCUGAUCUCCAUCAAAUAUGGAGGACCUCAGCACAUCGUAGGAAGCCCCUUCAAGGCCAAAGUCUCAGGUCCUCGUCUGUCUGGAGGUCACAGUUUACACGAAACAUCAUCGGUUCUCGUGGAAACUGUCACUAAGUCGUCAUCGUCAUCCAUGGGGGGACCUUUUGCCUCUUUGCCUAAAUUCUCCUCAGACGCCAGUAACGUUGUCUCCAGAGGCUCCGGAUUAUCGAAGGCCUUCGUUGGUCAGAAGAACACGUUUACGGUCGACUGCAGCAAAGCAGGAACCAACAUGCUGAUGGUCGGCGUCCAUGGACCGAAGACGCCCUGCGAGGAGGUUUACGUCAAACACAUGGGCAGCAGGAUGUACAACGUGACGUACACGGUGAAGGAACAGGGCAGCUACAUCCUGAUCGUGAAGUGGGGUGAUGAGAAUGUUCCCGGAAGUCCUUUCCACGUCACCGUGCCUUAAAACUGAACUUCCUCCGUGAUGCACUGGAGACGUUCUCUUUGUUCUGGGACAGUUUUCACACUCGAUGCCAAAGUUCUCAUGUUCAUUGUCCUGGUUCUUCUGUUUGUCUUCUGCAGAUUCAGUCCUGAAACUGAACUGUGAUGUUCUCACAGCAGCUUUUAUAAACAGCAUUUUAAAGUGGAAUUAAUUAACUUGGGGUGAGUCACUGCUCAGUAUCUGGUGUAUUAAAGUUUAUUCACAGAACUUGUUUUUGGAAAGUUAAAGGAUCAUUCUGGUUCAUUUUAGUCAGCUCUGUUUCCAUUAGUAAGUCUGUUGUGUCUCUAUGUUCACUGUUGUCGAGAUUCAAGGAAACAAGUGGAGUUGCAGCUUCAAAAAACAGAUUGUACAUGAAUCAAAAUUUGUUUUCAAACACAAACUGAUAGUGACACAAAACCACGACAAACAAUGAAUUUUAACGAUGACUGCAAACAGCAACAGGUAACUGCGUCUGAAAACAGUGACUAAAAAUGACUGAUGGCAGCGAUAGAAACGGACUGAAAAUGGUGAAUGAAAACAACUGUAAAUAGUGACUAAAAACAGCACGAGAAAAUGGCAAAACUGCAUCUGAAAAAGAAAGAUAAUUGUAACUGUAAUGGACAGAAAACAGCAACUGAGACAACAGAAACUGAAAAUGACAGAAGACAGCAACUAAAAAUGACAACAAAAGACUGACUGAACUUGAUGGAAAGUAGUGAAUCAAAAUGCCAGAAAACAACAGAAAACAACUACAAAUGACGACAAAACACUAAAAACGAUGGAAAUUGGUGAGAUAAAAUGCUGGAAAACAACAGAUAGUUUCUGAAAAUGACAGAAGAUAUCGACCAAAAAUUACGAAAACAGCAACUGAAAAUGACAUAAAAUGACAAAAAACAACUAAAAAUGACAACAAAACACUGACUGAACAUGAUGCAAAUUAGUGAGCCGCAAUGACGGAAAACGGCAACUGAAAAAGACGGAAGACAGCGACCAAAAAUGAUGGAAAUCAGUGACUGAAAAUGACAACAAAACACUGAACGAUGGAACUUAGUGAGUCGAAAUGACAGAAAAAUGACACAUACACUGUCUGAAAAUACCGGAAAAAGAAACAGCAACUGAAAAUGACAAAACACUGGCUGAACACGAUGGAAAAUAGUGAAUCAAAACAAAAGAAAACAGCAACUGAAAAUGACCUAAGAUGGCAACUAAAAACGACAGAAACCGUCUACAAACAGCAAACAGUGGUUGAAUUUGACAGCAGGGAUUCAGUGUUUUUAGUUCUCACUCUUAGAGACUCAACAGACCCACUGAUGGAAACACAACAGGAUGAAAUAAAGAAUCUUUUUUAUCAGCGUAAACGUAGAAAUGUACUGCUUCAGACAAUCCACCCUUCAGGCAAUCAGAGCUCAGCAGACGUUUGUACCAGAACCCUUCGGGAACCUUUGGGAUGUUUCAAACCUGUGGAUUUAGAUUCUCAGUGUUUUUAUUUAAACUCAGAGCUAAACAGAAGCUGAUCAGGACAAACUGUGAUUUUAUUUAUUCUCCUCCUGAUUUUCUUUGACAGAAAAACGGUCUUAUUGUGAAAGAGCUGGCGAAGAACUCGAUCUUCUUCCUGGAUUCUUUGGAGAAAAGUCGACGUGAUGCCUUAGUUUUUGUUGUUUUUUACCACAGGAAGCAGUGCAGUGGAGUUUAACGUGUGAAUGUUGGAAACAUGAUAUUAUAGAGUGACUUUUUCUAGUGAUUUUCUAUGAGUGAAUAAAGUUUGAUAUGUAACCAACAGUCAGAUUGUGCAGGCAUAAUGAACACAUCUCCCAAAUAAUAAAGAAGAAGAAGAAGCUGA